CCGAGCGAAGCGAGAGAGCCAGAGAGAGCGAGCGAGAGGGGCGGAGAGGCGGGCCCUCGCAGCCGGGAAGGGCGUUCUCUUUGCGGUCAGACCGGUCAGAGUCAUCCCCAGGGGUGGGUCCUCCUCCUCCGGCAGCCCAGAAGGAAAAACCAACCCACCUUUUUUCAUUGUUAAGAACGCGGUGGAAUGUGAUAGUUUGAUGCGAGAAAAAUAGCGGAGGUGAAGUGAAGUUCGCUUUGGGAACGGGGCAAAACCUGCGCUGCGCUUCGGGCCGCGUCGGAGGAUCAUGCGGCAAACGCCAAUCCCGUAAAACUGCACAAGUUGUGGAUUUACCGCUGUGCUGUCGGAGCUUAUUGUUGGAGCAGCUAAAGAAAGGAUGAAGGCGGGGCUAGCGACGGCGUGACCAGUGGAGUGAGAGGAGUUCAAAUGCUUGCCUCUCCACAGCUCUGAUCUGUAACUUGGCCUGGUUGAGUCACCUGUUUGUCUGCAUGUACAUGAAUGGGCUGAAUGCCAUUCUGUGGAACCUUCCAGUCAAAGCAACACCAUCACCAUCUAGUCAAGCAGAUGACCGCCCCAUCGCCUGUACUCCACUCUGAGGGACCUUCGCCUCACAGCCACACCCAGUAACAGAGGAGCAGCCCAGCAACCUUCAUGUGGGACGCUUCAUCUCCGUAACCAGGCAACACCACCACCCCCAUGUGGACCUCCCAACCGCCCCGCACCACCUAACCCACGCAACACACCCACCACCUCCACCCCGCCUCCACCCACCCGCGCACAGGCAGAGGCAGGCCAGUACAGGGCAACAUGUCGGAGCAUAAGGACAUGACCCACCGACACCUCCGGCACAAGCUGCAGAGCCUGGGCCGGCGCCUGGACGAGCUCGAGGAGGCCACCAACAAGCUCCAGAAGGCCGAGGAUGAGCUGCUCGACCUCCAGGACAAGAUCAUUCAGGCUGAGGGCAGUAACUCCACCCUCCUCAGCGAUGUGGAGACUCUCCGGAAACGACUGCUGAAGAUCCAGGGCAAAGAUGAGGAGGUCCGUAAGGCUGAGGACCUGUGCCGGACUGUCCGCGAGAAGCUGGAGGAGGAGGAGAACCUGACCAAGGAGCUCAAAGCCGAGAUCGAACGCCUUCAGAGGAGGAUGGGUGACCUGGAAAAACUGGAAGAGGCUUUUGGGAAGAGCAAGUCAGACUGCAGCCAACUCUGCCUCAGCCUGAAUGAGGAGAAGAACCAGACCAAGAAGCUGUCGUCUGAGCUGGAAGCACUUAAGGCCCGUGUGAAGGAAAUGGAGGGUUCUGAGACUAAACUGGAAAGAGCAGAGCAAGCUUUGUCCAUGGAACUUGAGAAGCUUAAAGGAUUUACUCACACAUUUAUGAGCGAUCGUAAGAAACUUUUGGAAAAGCAAAGGGAGGAUGAGAAGAUAAUUUUAAAGUUGACAGAACAACUGGAACAGCAGAAGAUCCACUUGGGGAUUUCAGCGGAUUCUGGCCACCCAGACUACGUAAGAUCUCGUAUUGAAGAUGAGCUCACCUCUACCAGCAUUCUCACGAGUAAGCUAGCUGCACGCAAAAAGAGUCUGGACUACUUGAAGUUGGCAGACGGGAACAUGGUGAACAAAGCACAGAAUGAAAAGAAUAGUUUAGAGGGUCCGCAGGAGGAGGACAACAAGGUCAAAGAGCUUACAUUGGAGGUGGAGAGACUGAAGAACCGUCUCAAACAGUUGGAGAUUGUGGAGGAGGACUUGAAGAACUCGGAGUCUAAAAACGGGGAACUUCACGAGAAAUUUCAGAUAGAACGGAACCGAACGAGACAGCUUAGUGAACAAGUGGAACAACUCCGGACCCAACUGUGUGGAAAAGGGCUUGGCAAUGGAAGAGCCAACAGCAAAGUUCUGGAAAAUGGCAAAGCUGAGAACGAAGAGAUCAUCAGUAAAGUUGGAUUCAGACAAGAGAAACCCAAGUGUCAAAGAGUGACAACCGUUGCCGAACCAAUGUCACCCAAACAUCGCAACAGGGAAAUGUCUCCUCAGCAUAAGCGGGAAACCAAGCUCAAGAGCCUAUCUGAAGACAAUUCUCCUAAAGGUAGUAGGAGACCACAAAGCCCUCUGCAUAAAGUGAGGAGGACCCCGAGAAGCCCUACCGUUACAUCUGAUAACGGCCUGAAAGAAAGUUCAUCUAGACUACCCACGUAUACCUCCAUGAAUACCUCUCAGAAAGUGUCAGUACUGAGUCGCUACCCUCCAGCCGCUAAUGACCAGAAGCCUACAAAGUCCGGCUACAAGCAGCAAGAUGGAGACGCCAAGAAGGUUCGUCCAGAGAAGUUUUCAAAGUUGUAUGUUGGAAGUGACAGUGAAUCGAACAACUCUGACAUAGUAGCAGAAGGUAACGUUAAUAGUAAUGUCAUGUCAGAAAAAGAUAUAGCCUCCGAUCAAGAGUCUACAGAAACCAUUCAGGAGUCUGUCUCUGUAUCCCUUACGUCAAGCAUGUCCAAAGCCAAUGGGUCCUACACGGCCUUCCGAUCACAUGUUUCUCAGCUGUUAGGAGCGGAUCAAGGUUCAGAAGGGCAUUCAUCUGCAUCUGAAACAGAGUCGACUGGUUCACGACCCUCGGAGCCAGAACCAAUAUUGGAAGCCACUACUACCACGGUGAGCAGUAGAGCACCAACUUCUAAAAUCUCAAGAUACACCAACGACACACACUCAGAAUGUUCCUCCUCAAGAAGUUCUUUUGACGAAGAGCUCCACAACCGCACCCACCUAUCCGAGGCGGCGCCUCAGGGAACUCCACAAACCCUGUCAGGUAUAGAGAUCCAGAGGGUGUGCAGUCCCAGGGAGGCACUGCGGUCUAAGGCGGUGAUCAAACCAGCCAUCGUUGAGAUUGACCGCAAGGAAAUGCUCAUCUCAGAACCGUACGCUGCGAACGGCAAACCCAAGAUCUCCACCAAGCCAGUAUUGACCUCCACCAGUAAAAUGACUAGCAGUAUCACUAUCUACCCCAAUGAUCCCAGCUCAUCUAGGACGAGCAGCCGCAGCAGUAGCCUAUCCAGUGAGCCUAUGCCCACCAAGGAGCGCCACACCUCCACCAGUAACUUCCUCAUCAGCCCCAGCAGUGACCAUCACGGCAGCAUCUCAAUCCCGUACGAGAUCUCCAUCCCGAAGAGCGACCUCACCUUACGCACCAGCCUGGACCAGGACUGCGAGGAACAUGAGAAUUCUCCUUCUGGAUCCAAACCUCACAAUACUUCUACCACCACCAGCCACAGGUGCUACCAACGCAACGCCUUCAGCCUGCAGUCCACGGACAGCUCCAGUGCAGACUUUGACUCUGACGCUUGCUUUGAGACCAGCAGCAGCAGCAUGGUCACAAGCUGGAGGAGAAUGAGCCAGGACACUCCACCAGACAUGAAGAAUGUGACUGUGAGGAGCACCUGGAAGAACAGGGGGUCAGGGCUAGCGGAAGAGGGCGGAGCUGGGAGAGCAAAGGGCGGCGUCAGAGGCAUGGCGGAUGGCGGAUCGGAGGACGAAACCGAAGUAGCGACGUGGAGGGCGUACCGGGCAACUACUGUGGAUACGGAGGACACGACACAGAGGAUGGGCAAGCCUUCUCCUGCCGAGAUGUACAUGCGGAGGAUCAACCAUACUAAAGACCCAGAAGACCCAGCAGGGACCCGCAGAGCCAAGCACUCCCAGAGCUCAGAGUCCUCCCUGGGCCGGAGCAUCCCCCACGCCCCUGUCACUGCUCAGUCCUGGGGCAGACCGCACACGCCUGCUGAUGCACCCGAGGCCAGUGUGAGCGCCAGCCACAGCCCGGCCACCUGGAGACGACCUCUCCCCAGCACUGAUGCACCUCCCCUGGGCAGCUCCAAGACGCCAGGGGCCCCCUCCUCCAGAGCUGAGCUGUGGGCCAGAGGUCAAGGAUCAGGGGCCCGCACAGAUGGGAGGGCCCGGCCCUGGAGCCAACGGCACACUGAGCAUCAUUGAGAUCUCUAUCCGUUCCUCUGUGGUAGAACAUUGAUCAACACGACUGUCUACACUCUCCUAAUCUCCAGACAUCUCCUCCUGGCCUGACCUGGACUUUGGAGCUGGACUUUGGAGCUGGACUUUGGACCUGCUCUCUAGACUUGAACAGUGAAGUGCCUCAGGACUGGCUCUGUCUCCUCUUCUGCUCUGUGGAUGUAUCAUAAUGUAACUCCAGACUGACAAGGGAGAGGCGGCACGCUCAACAAUGCAAAAUACACAUCUGUACUCAAGCUCAAAUCACUUGCAUUCAGAAUAUUAGAUUAUUAUUUAUUUUCAAAUUAGGUCUAGUUUUAUUUUAUUUCUUUCACUGUGUAUAUACAAAAAAGUGAAAUUAUCUCACCAUACAGUUGGCUACAUGUUCUUGUUUUAAGCCGAACUCUUAUGCUGGGAAAUAAAAAUUAUUAUUACAUCAUGCAGAUUUAACUUUGAACCACAGACUUUAUAUAGAAGUGGACUAAGGGACGCCAUACUCUUCCAAGCCAGUCGAAGCGGGCCGUUAUAGCAGCUAGUUUGCAGCCAAGCUCCAUAUUUGGAAUUCCAAGUGCAUGUUUCUGAAAAGGGCAUGUACAGUCAACAACCUCGCUCCUGAUUGGGUCUUUGGUUGCUAUGAUACUCGUGCUUGGAACUCCAAAUAUGGAACUUGGGUCCAAAUUCACCUCUAUAACUGCAAGCCUAACUGCUUCAUUUGACUGGAGCCGAACACUAUGGGGGAUGUCAUACUCCCUCUGUCCAACUUCUAUAUACAGUCUAUGGUCCACACCGCUGGUUUGGCAGGAGGUGGGUGCUUAGCAACAAGGCGCAAUUCAUGGGUUUCAGAUAAACAAUUCCUUCCUGAUUUGAAGGACUAUGCGAGGACCUUUCCCCAUUCAUAAGACAUUAUAUUUUGAUUUAAAUUAUGUAACUGCUCCCAUGCUAUUUGUGGCUGUAGGCUAACUAUGUCCACUUACAUACAGUCUAUGGUUUUGUCACAACUACUUAAAUCAAGAUUAAUACUCUGAAUACAAGUUAUUUGACCUCAUUUCCGUAUGUCAUUUUGCAGUGAAGAUAUUACAAAAUCAGACUUGUGUUUUAUGCUGAGAAUCGGACCACUCGCCUUUACCCGCUCUAAAGGAUGUCGGAUGUGACCAAAAACUGCUCCCCGAUCAUGUUUACUUCGGAACAUUUGAAAGGAAAUGGAUUUUUAUUUUUCCUGGACGUCUCAUGUGCAUAUUUUAAUCUCUUUUAACAGUGUGGAUAGUUCUGCAGACUGGAUGUAUUUGAAUGUUGGGGAGAUGUUUGCAUGUUCCUGAUGGAGAGCACUUAUGGAGGACAGCGCAUGCGCCUGGAGCUGUGGACAGAUUUUAAAAGUAUCUGGACAAUCAUCCAUGUUCUCCCAUAACUGCUGGUUUUAUUUUUCUACUGUUGUUUUCAUGUACAGAUACUACACUGCAAAAUAUCUACAGGAGUUGGAAUGACUUGGAUUCACGAUUUCUCUGGAUUCGAAGAGUUGAGACGAGUGAAUGGAUUCAGGAUUUUGGCAUGGUAGAUUUUUUUUUAUUUUUUUUUGUGCCAAAGGAACAAUAUUCUCUUGUUAUUCCAAGUGGAAAGAUGUAGUAUAAUGACACCAGCCAGCAAUAUCUUAAAACAAGUAAAGUAAAUAGAACUAGUCAAAACUACUUAAAAUGGGAUUAAUUUAAGUUAUUUUAACUCCUGUAAGUGUUAUUUUAGCAAUGUAGCUUGCACCAAUCAAACUGCAAUGUAUAAAAAGCUUCUGCUUCCUGGUGCUGUGCCUCCUCACUCAGAAACUGAGGAGAACCUGACGGACUGUGGAGCUGCAGUUGCUCAGGGUGAUGGAGUUGCUGCUACAGUUGUCCUGGGCUAUGAGGCAUCUACUGCAGCUGCUCUGGGCCAAAGGGUUUCUGCUGCAGUUGCCUUGGGCGAUAGGGUAGGGUGUUGCUAUAGUUGCUCUAGGCAACGGCAUUGCUUCUGUGGUUGCUCUGAGCACGGGGGUGGCAACUGUAGUUGCCCUCGGCAACGGGGCUGCUGCUGUAGUUGCCCGGGACGACAGGGUGGCUGCUGUAGUUGUUCCGGGCAAUAGGGUGGCUGCGCUAGAUGCCCUGGGUGACACGGUUGCUCCGGGCAACGGGGUGGCGACUGUAGUUGCCCUGGGUGACAGGGUUGCUGCUGUAGUUGCCCAGGGCAACAGGGGUUGUUGCUGAGGCUUGUAUCUGACGGGGUUCGCCGUGCGAAUCUGCAUCGUGUUUCUAUAAAGGUGUAUUAUUUUAUUAGAGCAUUAAAUAUAUCGACCU